GGAAUUAAAAUUAAAAUAAUUGCCAAAAAGAAGCAGUAACGUUUAUUUUUCCAUUUAUUCCAGUUAGCUCUUAUUUUAGACAGUAAAUACACACUUCCAGUUAAGAAAAUAACGUAGGGAAAUCCAAAUAAAGCAUCGACGGGCUGAUCAAGACUUAUAUUCAUUAAGGACACGCAAAAAAUGCACAUAUCAGGAAAGGAAUGUCGUAACUUUUUGUAUCGUGGAAAAAAGUUUCCCCCACGUGCGGUUCCUGCCUUUACAUAUCAGGCGCUGCAAAAAAAUACCAUAGUGGAAUCACCACCAAGGAUAUAUUUAUAUAAAAAAAGGCCUGUAAAAGAGACACUUUUCAAAAUGUAUUUUCGUCGUGGUGAUAUACCAGUAGCCAAAGGGAUUAAGGGCAGUGGAAAGGGUACUUCAGGAACAGUCAAAUGGUUUUGUGAUCCAAAGGAACUCGAUUACUGUUACUAUUUGCCAAUAUUUGUAGAUGGUUUAGCAGAUAUUGAUGUCGACAUACGUUUAUUGGCACAAGAAGCUGCCAUGGAUUUAAUACUGAAAGCACCACACAAAAUAUUACCGGUACUACCAAAGCUUAUUCUUCCAUUGAAAAGGGCAUUCAAUACGCGUGAUAAGCGAAUUAUUAUAUCAGCUCUAAAAGUACUACAGACUAUGGUUUUAGUUGGACCAUGUGUUGGACAAGCUCUUGUGCCAUACUAUCGCCAACUUUUAGCUGUUUGUAAUUUGUAUAAGAACAUUAAUGUUAAUCUUGGCUCAGGUGUGGACCCUGACCGUAGUCGCCGCAUUGGAGAUGUAAUUGAAGAUACGCUUUCAUUGCUAGAAACUUGUGGCGGACCAAACGCAUUUAUCAACAUUAAAUACAUGAUUCCAACUUACGAGAGUAGUACCCAUCCGAUAUGUGACAAGUCGGCAGAUAAAUCUGGUGUUGAGGCAACCAUAUGAAAUAGGCUUGAAUUGAGUAUUAGUAGUAAUAGAGGUUUACCAUCAAGCCGGAACUUAUAAAGUUUAACCUCUACGUACAAACUUAUACACGUUCAUAAGUAUCUUCAAAUACAUUACAAAUUUAAGUAAUAAUAUUUUCGAAAUUUAGCAGCUGUUGUAUUCUUCAUUACUACAAUGGAUGUAAAAUUUAAGGGACAG